AUUGGUUCAGCCGUUUCGACGUUUAUUGGAUACAAACAGACAGACAAACCGAAUUUAUAUAUAGAUGUAUGAAUGUUAUUGACCACUUCAGCAUAACUUUUAGGUUGCAUUGUUUUCAAUAUUUUCAAUGUUUAAUUGAAUGCUUAUGAAGAAAUAUUUACAGAAAAGAAGAAACAAACCCCGGUGGGAAAAGUGUUCCCGAUGCAGCAUCACCUUUGCAUCACCUGGUGAUAAAAUCAAACAUCUAAAGGAAGAGUGUAAAGAACUAGAUUUUUUCUGCCUGUGCCUGCAUUCCAAUAACCCUUUCAGAGAUAUUAAAGAUGUUGAGUUCCAUGUGAAGCAAAAGAAAGUAAGGCGAGCUUAUGGUGUAACAUAUAAAUGCAAGCUAUGUCCUAAGGAGCUGAAGAACCUGGAACAAAUGAAGGGGCACUGCAAAAGACACUACCCCAAACACCCGCCAUAUCCUGAACACCUGCCAUACCAUCAGCAACAGCCAUACCAUCAACAACAGCCAUACCAUCAACAGCAGCCAUUCGACCCAUAUUUUCAACAACCGCCUUAUCAUCUACAACAGCCAUACUCUCAACACCUACCAUACCCUAUUAAAAUGGAUCCAAACCAUGCUAAAAAUGGAUUGUCGUCAGAAUUAUCAGUAAAUACGUCAGAAAUAACUCAUCACAACAAGACCCAGCGUCGCCUGACCCCAGUUAAUCUACCGUCUCCAGUCCUAGAGAAUCCUUCUAGCACAGAAAUAAAAACAGAGAAGAAAAUUCAAUCAGAAGUUGUGCCAACAGUUGUAACUAGGAAGGAUGACACCUUUGCUAUAUGUCUGAAGGAUGAUAAAUCUGCUAAACACGGUUUGACUCGGCUGCAGAAUAAUAUUCUCUAG